GGGCGGCUCUCGAAGACAAACUGGAAGAAACGGGAAAAAUAAAUGGGAACGUGUGGCAGCCAGCYCCAGACAGAGUGAACAGAGACAGGACGGAGCGUUGUUGUCGCUUGAAGCGGYGCUGAGACAAAGACACGGAGAUGACGGCACGCGGCUGAGGGAAGCCUCAACAAGUGGAGCCUGUGAUUUUUAUCUUCAUCUUCACGUGAGAAACUGGAGAAAACUGGAGCUUUUGUGAGAGUCUGCAGCUGUCCUACGUCUCCCUCCUUGUCUCCUCAUCCUCUGAAUGAUCAAACAUGCCCAUCGUGUCGGCAAGUGCAGGGCUGCACGAGACUCUGGCCCUUCUCACAUCUCAGCUCCACCCUGAUGCCAACCAUAAAGAGGACCUGGUCUUCCUCAGAAACGUCUUCAGUGAAAAAAGCAUCAGCUACCUCAUGAAGAUCCAUGAGAAGCUGAAGCAGUAUGAGAAGUACAGCCCCACUCCAGUCCUACACAGCGCCUCCUGUCUGGCAGAAGAUCUGGCAGAAGAACUUCAGAACGGGCCGCUUCAGGAAGAUGAGCGAGAACUCCUCCUCCUGCUGAGCACUCCUCAUCUCAAGGCAGUGCUGUCAGCUCAUGACAUUGUGGCCCAGAAGAAGUUUGACCCGGUGCUUCCGCCUCUGCCAGAGGAUUUAGACGAUGACUUUGAGGAAGAGUCUGUGAAGAUUGUCCGCCUGGUUAAGAACAAGGAGCCGCUGGGAGCAACUAUUCGKAGAGAUGAGACCACAGGAGCUGUGAUUGUGGCCAGAAUUAUGAGGGGAGGGGCAGCUGACCGCAGUGGUCUGGUGCAUGUGGGAGAUGAGCUUCGAGAGGUUAACGGGAACCUGAUAACUCACAAAAGACCUGAGGAGAUUAGUCAGAUUCUGUCUCAGUCUCAAGGCUCCAUCACACUGAAAAUCAUCCCAGCUGUUGCAGAAGACGACAAACUGAAGGAGAGCAGGGUUUACCUGCGAGCUCUAUUUGACUACACACCUUUUGAGGACAAAGCUACGCCGUGCCAAGAAGCUGGACUUCCUUUUAAGAGGGGAGACAUCCUUCAGGUGGUGAGCCAGGAGGACAGCACCUGGUGGCAGGCCAAGAGGGUGGGUGACUGCAACCUGCGUGCUGCCCUCAUCCCCUCCACACAGUUUCAGGAGAGACGCCUGAGAUACAGAAUGAAAAUGGGUUCCUGCCCUUCUCCUGUCCCCUCCAAAGCUCCUACAUAUGAUCGGACUGAGAGAGAGGACUGCGACAGUAARAGUGCUCUGAAUGGAAAGGACGUAGUUUCUCCCAAGAGUAAGGCAGCCCCUGCCUUCUGUGGCCAUGCUUUCUCAUGGGAUUUUUACUCAGCCAGCCUGCGCAGGAGUUUCCGCCUCAGGAAAGAUCGUCAGGGUUCUGAAGCACAAACUCCAGAUGCCAAUCAAACAGACUUUCUGAUUUAUGAAGAAGUCACACAAUAUUUGCCACGGCCUGGUGAGAGGCCCCGCCUUAUAGUACUAAUAGGUUCAUUAGGAGCUCGAGUCACUGAGUUGAAACAGAAAGUGAUCGCUGAGAAUCCUCGACGAUACGGUUUGGCCGUGCCUCACACCACCCGAGCCAGGAAGAGUCAUGAGAGAGAAGGAGUGGAAUACCACUUCAUCAGCAGAGCAGCGUUUGAGGCUGAUAUUCAGAACGACAAGUUUAUUGAAUUUGGGGAGUAUAAAGAGAAUCUGUACGGCACCAGUUUAGAGUCCAUCCACAGAGUUUUGAAUCAGAACAAGGUCUGCUUAGUGGACGUUCAACCAGAGGCUCUGAAGACGCUACGAACAGCUGAGUUCAAACCAUUUGUCAUUUUUGUGAGACCUCGCAUGUUUGACAGCCAAAGAAAACCCUUCGGCUCCUCUUCCUCACUGAGUGCAGGGGUCACGGAAGACGAUCUUCAGGAAAUGAUGCAGUCAGCGGACAGGAUGGACGAGUGCUUCGGCCACUGGGUGGACUAUGUCUUGGUGAAAGAGGACCCACUGAGUGCCUUAGCAGAGCUUCAGAACGUUCUGGAGCGGGUGCAGAUGGAGUUGCAGUGGGUGCCUGUGUGCUGGGUGAGGCGCUAGUUGACUGAACUUCCUGUUMCAGGAACCAAAYGGACCACUGUGCAACCUGUGGAGCUGUCAAGUGUUUACUGCCAUGAUGUAACUAUUCCACACGUGUGGCCAAGUGGUGUCAUCGUUGUCGUGUUUUCAGACUGUUGUAGCAAAACAGAAGUACAGCACUCACAGAUGCUGUAGAUUUUCAUAUUGCAGUGGUAGUACGACAGCUUUCACAUGCAUGCAAGUUUCUGAAGCUGUUCUGAUCACUUCUGUGAGACCUGUGUUGUGAAGUGCCAUAUGGAAUGUGUUGAAUCUCCAAGGUUUCAUUGUAAAAUGAACAAAUAAAUCUGACCUGCUGGAGACCGA